AUUAAUAUUAAACAUAUUGGGGAAAAAAAGUCUAAAUACAAAAUCAAUCACCAUCAUCAUCAUCAUCAUCAUCAUCAUCAUCAUCUUCUUCUUCACAAUUCAUCUGUUAAUUGCAUAAUCACCAUUAUUAUCAUCAAUUCGUUUCAUAUUCUCAUACCUUAUAAGUAAAAUGCAGACACGAACUGUACACGUAGGACAUCUUUCAGAUCUAGCUACCGAACGAGAAAUUCACGAGUUUUUCUCGUUUUCUGGUGAUAUCGAGCACGUUGAGAUCUGUCGUGACUCAGAACGUAAGAAGACUGCAUUUGUGACGUUUAAAGAUCCAAAGGCUCUUGAAAUUGCGUUAUUGUUAUCGGGAGCAACCAUAGUGGAUCAGAUUGUUAGUAUUACUCCUGCUGAACAUUAUGUGCCAAAACCUGAGUUACGGUGUCACUUUUUGCAGGAAGUUCGUGAGGUAGAUAAUGCUGUAAGCAUAACUCCUGAAAACUCUCCAUCAUCUGCAGAGGCGAAUACCUCUCCUCGUAGUGGAAGAGUGUACAUGAGUAAAGCACAAGACGUUGUUUCAAGCGUUCUUGCAAAAGGUUCAGCAAUAAGGCAAGAUGCCGUGAAUAAAGCUAAAGCGUUUGAUGAGAAGCAUCAAAUAAGAGCCAACGCAUCCGCCAGAGUGAAUUCUUUCGACAAACGGGUAAGGCUCUCAGAGAAAUUUAACGUUGGGGUCUCGGUUGUAAAUGAAAAGGUUAAAUCUGUGGAUCAAAAGCUACACGUUUCGGACAAAACAAUGGCUGCGUUAUUGGCAGCCGAGAGGAAAUUGAACGACACUGGAUCAGCUGUCAAAUCAAGCAGGUAUGUGACAGCUGGAACAGCUUGGCUGAAUGGAGCGUUUGGUAAAGUGGCAAAGGCCGGGCAAGUUGCUGGAACAAAAACUAGACAAAAGUGGAACUUGGCGGUCUCGAAUUUAACUGCGAAGGAUUCACCAAUUGCCGCUUAAGCAGAGUUUAUAGAGAGCUGCAUUCUUAAUGAUCAAAUCAAUUGGGGUUCUCAAUCAUCAGAAUGGUUAUUGGGAUAUACAAUUAGAUAUUUUGGAAGCUUGGUGUGUGACAUUCUCCUGUGUAGUAAAUGUUUCUAGUGUGUGUGUGUGUGGGUUUGUGUUUAUGUGCAGUUUUGUUAUUCAUUUAUUAGUUAUUUGUUGCUGUAUAUUUUGAAGUGAUAUGUGAAGUCCAUUUUAAAUUUCUGUUAAUGUAGCAUUGUAACUCAAGUGUGCAACUGCAAAGAUAUAACUUUUGGGGGUGUUA